UGCAGUCUUGCUCGUGGAGCAAGACACAUUUGGGUAUACUGGGUGUUCUGCUAGGAGUUGACCCAGACAGGGGCCCGAGAGGGACACCAUACUGGGUCCUGUGGGAGCAGGGGCUAGUCAAAGACUCUCUUCCCAAAGCCAGGGCCCUGCUGGGCAACCCCUCCUGUGUUCUUUUUACUCACAGUCAUAUGGGAACUGAAGCUCCUCCUGUUUUCUGGAAAUCCCAGCUCAGCCUCAAAAAUGUGAAUCUUGUCCCAGAGGAAACGAGGUAGGAGCAGCGAGGGUUCUUGAUACAGCCCCAGACCUGGGGGGCUAGCAGGUGUUGGAAGAUGAGGUUGAAGACAGCUGUUGUGGUUGAUGAGGCAGGAGCUGCCAUCCUUCCUUUUAAGUCUCGUUGCUGCUGCAGUCCCGGCAGGCUCAGCAGUUUGUUUAUUCCUUUGUGCCUCUCCUUGUUCCAAAAAGGGUCUGAGGUGUGGUGGGCUUUCUCUCCUGGGGAGACUCACCACCAGUGGGCUCUCCACACAGCCUGCUCUUUCCGUGCAGCCAGAGCACCUCAGGCUCCAGUUUUGGACUUUCCCCCUCUUCUAUUUAGAAGGGAAAUGUGCAUUUCAGCAAGAACUUUAAAUCCCUUUUGUGCCAUCCCUUGUGAAAAUAAAAAGAACACAUGUUGGAGGGAGAACGGAGACUCGAGGCCGGGCACCCACUGCUAGCUUUGAUGUGGGACUUGCCCACAGCUGGGAGAGGAAGAGGUUUCUUUUCCUCACGCUCUGCCCUUGGGGAAACAGCCCAGCUCCUUCAGUCUUCUCCGAAGCCUCCUUGUCCAGGGACAGUCCUGACCAAAGGCACACUCCGGCCGGGCAUGGUUUGUGGGAGACAGAGGUCGGGUUAGCCCCUUCAGGACUCACAAAGAGGCAUGAACAGGGGUGUUUGCUGAGGAAUGUUUUGUAAGGAAAAACGCUGGUGAUGCCCAGUGCAUCUCUAAGAGUGUCCUGUCCGCGUGAUGUUACAUCCCUGCUUGCAGGAGCCUGUAGUCAUUUUUAAAAAUGAGGAAGGCAUGGAAGGAUCUAUAAGAUACAUGCCUAAAAAAGUUGCAGAAUAGUAUCUACAGUGUUCCACUUACAUAAAAACCCACGUGUGUCUCUGUGUGUUAUGUACAUACAUGUGUCUGUGCGGCCAUCCACUGUGGACGUGGGACAAGUGAUUUCCUCUGGGGAGUCAGGUCGGGCUAGAGGGACAGGGCUUCAUUUUUGUUGUGUUUUGUUUUCACUUGAUCUACUUCUGAUUGCUUGAAUUGGUUAUAACUAAAGGUAAAAUAGAAAAAAAUGGAGGAUUUUUCACAACAGGAUUUGUUCAUGAUUCGUGGAGGCCCAAAGGGGCUAGUGAGUCCUGCUGGGUGGACAGUGGAGCAGGCAGGGCGGCAGGGAGGGCCGGGGGGCGGGCGCAGUGGGGGCUUUGCAAGUGAUCAGCUUUCAGUGGGGCCCUAAUCACUGCAUACCCUCCGUGCCCUAAUUCCCUGCCUUUCUGGUCCUGAAGUUUGCCACUUGUCUUCCUUGCUGUCAUGUUCUCCUGUCAGUUUACUUCUGGCUUAUCAAAGAUUAGCAUUUGCAAAUAUCAGGAGUUGCAUGCAGCUCACCAAAGAUGGCUCUUGUCUACAAAAGGAGUGGAGCUCCCAGGUAAGGAGACAGACUGACUUCAGAUGAGAAGUUUGCCAGAUGUUGACUUAGAAAGGUUAUUUAGUUUGUUUUCUGAUUUACUGUUUAUAAUUUUCUUUUUUCUGUUCGUUUUCAUUCUUGAUGUUUCUACAGUUACCUUCUGAAAACAGUCUGGGAGAGGGGCAGAUAUUCACAGCUUCAUCCCUCUUUGCCCUUUCUUAACUUCCACGUGUUCCUGUCUGAGAAGUGAAUGAAUACAGUCAUUUGAUGAGCCAAGAGAGCAGGCCUGUACUGAUUGCUUACCUGCUAUGGGAUGGAUGACGAAGAAGAGAACCACUAUGUUUCACAGCUCAGGGAAGUCUACAGCAGCUGUGACACCACGGGGACAGGCUUUCUGGACCGGGAGGAGCUGACCCAACUCUGCCUUAAGCUUCAUAUGGAAAAGCAGCUGCCCAUCCUUAUGAAAACACUUCUUGGAAAUGACAACUUUGCCAGGGUGAAUUUUGAGGAAUUUAAGGAAGGUUUCCUGGCAGUGUUGUCAUCAGAUGCUGGUGUUGGCCUCUCAGAUGAAGACAGUAGUUCCUUGGAAUCAGCUGCCUCCCAUGCUGUGCCACCAAAGUAUGUGAGUGGCUCUAAGUGGUACGGCCGUUGGAGCCUGCCUGAGCUGUGUGACUCUACGACCAGAGCCAAAUGUUUACCAGAACAAGCCAGGGCCACCAUGAGAAGCCAGCUCCGACGCUCUGCAUCUCUGGAAAGUGUGGAGAGCCUUAAGUCAGAUGAAGAAGCUGAAAGUGCUAAAGAACCUCAGAAUGAGUUGUUUGAAGCACAAGGCCAGCUGCCAACCUGGGGUUCCAGGGUCUUCAGGAACCCUCAGAAGUCCUGCAGCCCCUCUUUUGACACCCCCGAGAGCCAGGUCCGGGGCAUCUGGGAAGAGCUAGGUGUCGGCAGCAGCGGCCACCUCAACGAGCAGGAGCUGGCUCUGGUCUGCCAGACCAUUGGGCUCCAGGGACUUGAGAAGGCGGAACUCGAAGACCUAUUUAACAAACUGGAUCAAGACGGAGACGGCAGAGUGAGUCUUGAGGAAUUCCAGCUUGGCCUGUUCAAUUAUGGGCCCACUUUACUUCUGGAACCUUCCACUCCUGUCAAACCGAGCAGGUCCUGGUCUCAUUACCAGGGCCCCGAGGAGGGUGGCUGCCAGACCACCACCACGUCGUCCCUCGUGUCCGUGUGCUCAGGCCUGCGCCUUUUCUGCAGCGUCGAUGAUGGCAGCGGCUUCGCCUUUCCUGAGGAGCUCAUCACUCUGUGGGCCCAGGAGGGGAUUCCGAACGGCAGGGAGGUCUUGCAGAGCCUCGACUUCCGUGUGGAUGAGAAGGUGAACCUUUCAGAGCUGACCUGGGCCCUUGAGAAUGAGCUCAUGAUGGUCAGUGGUGCCACUCAGCAGGCGGCCUUGGCCUGUUACCGCCAGGAGCUGAGCUUCCGCCAGGGGCAAGUGGAGCAGAUGGCGAGGGAGCGAGAUAAGGCGAGGCAGGAUCUGGAGAGAGCAGAGAAGAGGAACCUGGAGUUUGUGAAAGAGACAGAUGACUGCCACUCUGCCCUGGAGCAGCUCACGGAGAAGAAGAUCAAACACCUGGAGCAAGGGUACAGGGGAAGGCUGAGCCUCCUGCGGUCUGAGGUGGAAAUGGAGCGCGAGCUGUUCUGGGAGCAGGCCUGCAGGCAGAGGGUGGCACUGGAGAAGGACCUGGAGCGCCUGCAGGCCAAGGAAGCCAGCCUCCGAGAGAAGCUGACCCUGGCCCUGAAGGAGAACAGUCGAUUACAGAAGGAGAUAAUCGAAGUAGUGGAGAAGCUUUCGGAAUCAGAGAAGCUGGUCCUGAAACUGCAGAGUGAUCUGGAGUUUGUGUUGAAGGACAAGCUGGAGCCUCAGAGCACGGAACUUCUGGCCCAGGAGGAGCGGUUCGCGGUGGUCCUGAAGGAGUACGAACUCAAGUGCCAGGACCUGCAGGACCACAAUGACGAGCUGCAGGCUGCACUGGAAGGCCUGCAGGCACGGCUGCCCCCGAGUCGGCACAGCCAGCUCCAGACACUGCCAGAUGGACAGCUGCUCCCUGGUCAUGGCCCAGCAGGCAUCGUCUCCUUGGUGGGUGAUUCCACUGCAGUGAGUCUACAGACGGAGCUCCGGGUGGAGCAGGUGAAGGAACAUUACCAAGAUCUCAAGACCCAGCUGGAGACCAAGGUAAAUGACUGUGAAAGGGAAAUUGAGAUGAUGAAAAGGGACUUUGCAAAGGAGAGAAAGGAGGUGGAGCAGGCUUUCAGGCUGGAGGUCAGUGUGCUGGAGGAGCAGAAAGCAGACCUGGAGACACUCCACGUGGAGUCUCAGGAGGCCAUCCGAGCCCUGCAGGACCAGCUGCAGACUGUGGCCCAUGGCCUGGAGCUGGAGAGGCUGGAGAUGGAACAGCACUACGCACAGGCGCGCUCUGGCCUGGCCCGGCAGCUGGCACAGGAGAAGGACCAGCUGGAGGUGGCGCUGCGCCAGAGGCAUCAGAAUGAGCUGCAGCACCUCAGAAUUGAGUUGGAGAGGCUUUCUGAAGAGAACACAUUGUUGAAAAAUGAGCGGGGAACGAUGCAGCAAGAGCUUGAAGCUGCAGAAAAGACAAAUGAUGCACAGAGGAAGGAAAUUGAGGCUUUAAAGAGAGACAAAGAAAAGGCCUGCUCUGAAAUGGAAGCGCUCAGCACACAGAGUCAGAAAUGCAAGGAUGAACUGUCCCAGCUCAACCAGAGGGUCCUUCAGCUAGGAGAGGAGGCCUCUACCCAUCAGGCCCAAAAUGAGAAUUGCAUCACCAUUCAGCUUUUAACACAGAGACUGGAGGAGAGUGGCCGCCGGGAGAGGCUGCAGGAUCACCAAAUCCAAAAACUUGAAGUUGAACUUGACCAUGUGAAUCAAGAAUGUCAGAGCCUGACACUGUUGCAGUCACAGCUGAGAGAGACCCUUGAAAGUCAAGACCAGGAAGAACAGGAAAAACAAUUUAAAGACGCCGAAGAGUGGGUAGAAGAGGUGGUGAGGAUUCUGAAGAGUAUGGAAAUGCUCCUACAGGAGCAGUUUGAAAAGAACACAAAAUCCGAUUUGCUGCUCAAGGAGCUCUAUGUGGAAAAUGCGCACCUGAUGAAAGCACUUCAGCUCACUGAAGAGAAGCAACGAGGUGCUGAGAAAAAAAACCAAAUCUUGGAAGAAAAGGUUAGAGCUCUCAACAAACUAAUCAGUAAGAUGGCUGCAGCAUCCCUCUCUGUGUAGAGACUGCUUGUUCUCCUGGAAUUCAUUUCGAAAGAACAUCUCUUAAAAUUAAGCCACUGUGAUGCCGUAAUUUUCUGUGGCUCGUUGGCCAUCGACCCCUGGACACACGUGAGGACUGGGAUCCUCUGUUCAUCCCACAGACGGUUAAUCAGUGUCCACCGCAUGCCAGAGGCUGGGGAAGUAGGCAUGUUGGAAAAGACUACACUUUUAUCAGUGGUCCUGAUUAAUUUCCCUAGGUAAAAUUCCCAAUUUUGCUGCUCACUGGUGAAACAGAUUAUGGGAGCUGUCAGCAAGAAACCACUAAAGGAAAAUGGUAAAAUAAAACAAUUCCAGUGUUGUGCUUUUGACCUUGGCUGCAGAGAUUAAAAUGCAAAAUCAGGGCUCUGUACAUUGCUCUGUACAUUUCACUUGUACUGCUUUGGCUUUAGAUCAUUAGCAUUCUCGAUGGUGGGUCUCUACAGACACUCCAGAAAGCGUCUGUGCUGUGACUGUCAGCCCAGCGGGAAAGGGUAAAGGAAGGAGCCCUUCUCCACUGACUGCUCCGCCCCAGGGGGUGUUUGGACAGUGCUUACUUUAGGUCUGUGGACUCAGGGAUGAUUAUUUAUUGCAAAUGCAAUCUUUUCCUCAUUGAAAUGUCAUCACACUGGAAGUUUUAUUACAUAUAAAAAAAGUAUAGUUUUAUAUCCAAAAUAUAUGUAAAUUACGGCCAUUUGGUUUAUCAGAAUGAACUACUAUAAUGUGACGUGUCACUAUUUGCAAUAAAGUCUUUUCUAUUAAAA